UAUUUAGGUAAUUGACACGACAUAGCGGGAGCAGUUUAGUCAUUGAGAUUGCUCGAAAUAUGUUCAAAUGGUACAAGCUAUAAGAAUAUAUUCGUAUCGUGAUCAGAUCUUCAACGUAAUUAUUUUAGUCAAGAUUUUCAAUUUUAAUAUAUAUUUAUAAAUCUAGAGAAAACCAAGCAUACAUUCCAUUUUUCUCCUUAAAUUAUAAUUAUUUAAAGUUUGAAAUCCACAACUAACGUCUUCGAUGGCUUUGGAUUUUGUAGCAGGUUGUUUAGGAGGUUGUGCUGGAGUUCUAGUAGGCCAUCCAUUUGACACUGUCAAGGUUCGUCUUCAAACACAAGAUGCCAGCAAACCUCUCUAUAGAGGAACCUUCCAUUGUUUUUCUUCCAUAGUUAAAAAAGAAUCGAUCGGUGGCCUCUACAAGGGAAUGUCUUCUCCAAUGUGUAGCCUUGCCUUCAUCAAUGCUAUCGUUUUUGGUGUACAAGGCAAUGUACAACGGUCUCUUUCCGAUCCUGAUUCCAUCACGAGCCAUAUGAUUGCCGGAGCGGCGGCAGGAACCAUUCAAAGUAUUAUCUGUAGCCCAAUGGAGUUGGCUAAGACUAGAAUGCAGCUACAAGGGCAACGCGCAGUCAAAACGCGAUUUCUUCAUUCCACUAAACUGUUGUACUCGUACAGCAGUCCUUUGGACUGCCUGGUAAAAUCAUUCCGUAUGGAAGGCGCACGUGGCAUUUUUAGAGGCCUUGGAUGUACAGUUCUCAGGGAUGCACCAGGAUUUGCAGCUUGCUUUGGAGCAUAUGAAGUUCUUGUCCGUUUCUUUUCGGACGCUGGAAAUAAUAUUAAUACUUGUGGUUUGCUGAUGGCUGGAGGCUUGGCAGGCACCUUUUCCUGGGUGGUCACUUACCCGAUGGACUUGGUGAAAUCAAGACUACAAGCCGACGGAAUCUUCGGUCCACGCCAGUAUAAAGGCAUUUUAGAUUGUGCGGUGAAAGGCUACCAACAAGAGGGCUGGAGAGUCUUCACACGUGGUCUAAAUUCUACUCUUCUUAGAGCGUUUCCUACCAAUGCUGCCACGUUUCUCGUAGUUUCCUGGGUUAUUAAGUUUUAUGAAAAUACCAAUUUCGACUUCUCAGUGGACAAACAUGCUCACGCUUUGCUGUGGGAAAAGAAAAUAAACCGUAUCGCCUGUGUCGACAACUACCUGUAAUAGAUCCCUUUCUGUGUGUAUAUAAACAUUUUGUGAAACUAUCUCUUUUUCUAAUCACAGUUACAUAAACUUCCCAGGACGUCGAAGUUUUCGAUUUUUUAUCCCUUUGAUCUGAUAAGCUUUCAUUGUAAGUUAAGUAAUCUUUGCUUCUACAAUCAGUCGCCAUAACUAUCCUACAUAAAUAUAACAAUCAAGCAUUUACUUUUUCUUUUACGAUCGUGAUCCCAAUAGUUUGUGGUCGGCCAGUAAUUUUUAUAAGCCAAGAACUUUUACGCCCGGGUGGCUGGCCAGUAACACUCAACCAUUUACUGAAAGUAUAAAAGCUUUUGUUAAAGAAAAUUAUAAACACAAAUAUUAGUAUAUUUUUUUUCUGUUGUGUGACUAGAUAAAUAAUGAGCUAUAUAAGUACGUUUUUUCUAUAAUCAGAAUAAUUGAAGCACUAAUAAUAUGGAUCAUUUUCACCAUUCUCAAUUGUUUCUUUCUGAAUAACUUCGUUUAUCCCUUGAAUAUCCAUUUACAGUUUUCAAUAAAUAAUUAAGAUAUGCCUUUAAAUAACCUUAGGCAUAAAAAAUUUAUAUAGAGAAGAUAAGAAAAAACAACGUUAAUCCUAUUUGCGUGACUAUAUUUCGACAAUUCUUACUAUGGAAAAAAAGCAAAGCUUUAACUUAGCAUCUUGUUUUGUUUUGUUUUCGAUAGUAUAAUACAGUGGUUCCCAACCAGGGGUCCGCGUAGGUAAUACCAUCUCAUUAAACAAGUAAGUUU